AUGUCGGACCAUCCCCCGGCACAAGCUCGCGAGCCCGUACCUGAUACAUACUCCCCCGACGCGAAAAACGCCACAGGAAUACGCGAUGUGGCUGUGCGACGGUCGGAUAAGCUGCUGGUUCUCCAGAGCAUGUUUAGCCUCGUCUUCCGAACGAUUGCCUACAUAUUCCUGCGUGUCAUCCCAGGCUCCUUUGGAUUCUAUGCGAUCCAUUUCUAUCUCGGGUACCUCGCUAUCUGGGUACUAUAUGAUGUACGAGUAGCCUCACAAAAAACUCGCAGGAUGUCCUCCCUUUCCUCGCUCGUGUUUGGGCACUCAACUUCGAACCGUCCAUGGAAUAUGGUGCAGCUCGUCGUGCAUACCCUCGUGCUCUUGUUCGUGCUCGACCUUUACUACAUGCCAUAUAUGUUUCCAUCUCAUCGUGAAGCAUCUCUCAAAUUUGCUCGCGUCGGUGCUCUAAGCUCGUCGUCGGCCACGCUGCAUGUUCGCUACCCCGAACCGCUCCCUCAUGUCACGGGUCUGUGGGAAACAGGCAUUCAAGAUGCUCUCGUGGAUGCAUCCGACAUCAAUAAAUCACCUUUACGCAUCGUUUGGCGACGUGUACAUGAGAGCGAAGUCAAAAUUCGCGCUCCCAGUACCGUGCGCGAUCCACGCCGAUGGGAACGUGGACCAGUGCUACACUUGUCAAAUGAAUCAGACUGGACAGCUACGGCAACGCUGUCUGACUUGUGGCCUGCAACUAAAUACGAAUGGCGCCUCGCUUUUGUGCACAACAAUACCUUCGCUCCGAUGCCUGAACGCCCCAUACCAUUCGUUACAUGGCCGGACCCACGUUUGUCAGCGUAUGGGAAAAGCAAGUUUGUUCGGACGAACAAGACAUCGAGCAUUCCGCUCGACGAUCCGAAUCAUUUUAGUUUCGCCACCCUCUCGUGUAUCAAACCUGACUUUCCGUACCAUCCCGCUCAGUUUUGGGGCUGGAACUGGCUCUUGCGUAUGUUCGGUAUCGGAACGCAGCCUGGCGGCAUCACUUCACGGAAUAGUAUUCGUGGCUUUGACUUGAUGGCGGAUCACUAUCUCCGCCGCUCGAAAAUGCCUAGUCUUCGAUUCCUACUCGAGCUCGGCGAUCUCAUCUAUGCCGAUGUACCGCGGUAUGAAGGACCAGAUAUUGGCUCUUACCGUAAACUGUAUCGCAACGUCUUCGCCUCCCACUCGUUCCGUCGCGUGUACCAAUCCAUUCCUGUCAUGGGCAUCUUUGACGAUCAUGAAAUUAUCAACAAUUGGAGCGGCGCGGGGUACACCAAUGCAACCGAAGAUGAGGAUAGACCUCAGGCACCAGCUGGCAUCCACGCAGGAUUACAUGCAUGGAGUGAAUAUAUUGGUCGUGCGAAUCCGUCACCUGCGGUCAAGAACCAGCACUACUACUCAUUCCGAUACGGCGAUUCAGCCUUUUUCGUUCUCGAUGUGCGUGGACACCGCACACAUCCUCAAUCUGCUGUCGACACGCCCACCAUUCUUGGAGAAGAGCAGCGUGAUGCUCUUUUUUCUUGGCUUGCACAGGUGAAUCACACAGCUACAUUCAAGUUUAUUGCCUCGUCAGUCCCAUUCACAAGUCUGUGGGGAGGUCCUCUAGAUUUAGACGGACGUACUGACGGCUGGGCAUUCUAUCAAGAGGAGCGCAAGCAACUACUCGAUAUCCUUCAAUAUGUUCCCAAUGUCAUUCUCUUAAGUGGCGACCGCCAUGAGUUUGCUUCAGUAUCUUUCCGAGAUGCUCUGCUUGAAUUCAGCACCAGCCCACUAUCUAUGUUUUAUAUUCCUAUACGCACACUUGCGCAAGAGCACUCGAUCGACCCGCCUGGCGAAGAAACCCUGCUCAAAUACAUCCCCGAUGGGAAUCACAAGUGGACCGAGUUUGAAGUGGAUACACGCGAUCCAGAACAGCCGCUAGUCGUGGUACGUGUAUAUGUCGAUGGGAAAGAGGCUUGGAAUCUUCGCGUACUUGGGAAGCCUGUCAACAAAACCCAAAGUGCUUUGGGAAAACUCGCACAAAGUCUUCUUGAGCUGUUCGGUUUCCGUCAGCGCGAUUGGUUCUAG